AUGUCGACGAAAUCAAUGAACCUUUCCUGUCUUUGCGGUGCUGUCUCGCAGCAAAUUCAGACCCGUGUUAUGCCGGGGGAAAACAUCAAGCUGUCCAUCGACCACAGCGACAUCAGUCGACACGCGACGGGCAUUCUAUGCGUCUCAUAUUACCCAAUCCGACCCGUUCGACAACAUGAGAGUACGGGCCGUACGGUAGAGCAUCACGGUCUUGACCAAUGGACGAGAUACUUCUGUAACACCUGCGGAUGCCAUGUCCUGAGAAGCAAAGACGUGGAUGGUGUCACAAAGUGGGAAGCGGCGACAGGUGUUUUGCUGGACAGUAACCCCGAGAAUGCUGGUGAAGAUGCGCGUUACGCAAGACAUACCGGCGUGUCCGAUACCAAAGACGGUGGUCUUUCGGUGUGGCUGCCCGACAUUGACGGGCAACCUAUGGAAUCGCCGACGAAGCCAGACAUUCUGGAAGCAGAAACUACAGAGAAGCUUCCUCCUAUGCCAUCUAUCUGCCCGAAAGAUUCCCUGCCCGCCUCUUGCGCCUGCGGCACCGUGAGCUUCCACAUCACACGGCCAACUAGUCAAAGCUAUCUACCGCACUCCGGCUUCUCCGACCUGGAGUACCCUGCUAUCAGGCACUCGGACGCCUUCAUGAAGAAUCCCGAUAGCCUAAAGUGGUGGGUGCGAAGCAACGGCACCAAAUACCUGGCUGGAACGUGUGCCUGUCGGUCUUGCCGUCUCAUCUGCGGAUUCGAAAUUCAAACAUGGGCGUUUAUCCCCCGAUGCAAUAUCUUCUUCCACGUGCCGGGGCCAGUCGACGGCCAGUCCGUGACGCUUCCUCUCGACUUUUCAGAGUUGCCCGCCGGGAUCCUGAAGACGUAUGAAUCGUCCCGGGGCGUUUCCCGUGAAUUCUGUGGAAAGUGCGGCGCGACGGUGUUCUGGCGCGAUAGUUGGCGACCGGACGUCAUAGACGUCAGCGCCGGGCUGCUUCGGGCAGACGAAGGUGCGCGGGCAGAGACGUGGCUGGAGUGGUGGACGCAGCGAUGCAGCUUCGAAGAAGAGACGGCAAGGGGUCGUUCAGGAGAGCCCGCGCGCAUUGCGAGGAGACUCAUUGAUGGCCUAGAACGAGGCCUGCGCUCAGGGGCCCAGACAAAGUGA